AUGGCCGCUGUGACGAGCCCGGAGACGAGCCCGCAACCCCGGGUCUAUUUCCAGACGCCGGCCGGCACCGCGGAAGAACCGGAGACACCGGUUCGGAAGCAGGGACGCGUCACCGUCAAAUACGACCGCAAGGAGCUGAGGAAGCGGCUAAACCUGGAGGAGUGGAUCAUCGAUCAGCUGACGGACCUCUACGACUGCGAGGAGGAGGCCAUUCCAGAGCUGGAGAUAGAUGUGGAUGAGCUGCUGGACAUGCCCAGUGAUGUCGAACGGGCAGCCAGGGUCAAGGACUUACUGGUUGACUGUUUUAAACCUACUGAGGACUUUGUCUCAGAGCUGCUGGAUAAGAUCAGAGGGAUGCAGAAGCUUUCUACACCACAGAAGAAAUGAUGUCAUCCCUCCUUUCCCCUCAUCCCCAUCGCCACACACGCACACUCUCUCACACACACACACACACACACACACACAAACACACACCAAUCCGCAGCCCUCACCUCGUCUUCCUAACUCUCCUCCUCCCUAUUUUUUUUUUUAUUAUUUCCUUCCCUCCGCUUCAGUAUCCCUUUUAAUCAGUAAGUUCUCAGUCAACAGCCUUCACCUU